ACUGAGAUGUCUGGAAGUAGCAAAAUCUCUCGUGAAACUCUUAACGAGUGUGUUGCUGAGCUUUUGAAGAAGUCAACAGAAAAGAAGCGUAAGUUUCGAGAGACUGUAGAGCUUCAGAUUGGACUGAAAAAUUAUGAUCCAAAGAAGGAUAAGCGUUUUAGUGGAACUGUCAGACUCAAAUACAUUCCACGCCCGCAUGUAAAGGUUUGUAUUCUUGGUGAUCAGAAGCACUGCGAUGAGGCUAACGCUAAUGGUCUUCCUUGUAUGACGGCUGAUGAUUUGAAAAAGCUGAAUAAGGAUGCGAAACUUAUUAAAGGACUUUGUAAGCGUUAUAACGCUUUCUUGGCCUCGGAAUCUCUUAUCAAGCAGAUUCCUCGUAUUCUUGGUCCUGGACUUAACAAAGCUGGAAAAUUCCCGUCUGUGGUGACGCAUAACGAUAAUUUGACAGUUAAAGUUGAUGAGAUUAAGGCAACCGUUAAAUUUCAGAUGAAAAAGGUUAUCUGCUUGGCUGUAGCAAUUGGACAUGUUGAGAUGACUCAAGAAGAAUUAGUUUCAAACAUUUCUCUCGGAAUAAAUUUUCUUGUCUCUUUGCUGAAGAAGAACUGGCAGAAUGUUCGCUCGCUUCACAUCAAGUCUACAAUGGGGCCGCCACAGCGUCUUUAUUGA